GCUGCAACUGAACCACCAUACGAAUUAUUGCGUAGUGGUGCUACCAAGGGUGAUGAUUAUCCAGCCCUUUCGUCUUUGCAGUCUCUAUCUACCACUACCUUGAAUGUCUCAGUCAAUGUGGGCAGCAGCAGGUGGCAUUCCAAAGCGUUGCUAGCAGGUACUUUGCAACACGAGUGAGUGGUAGUGGCACAAUGGGUACCAGUGCUACAGUACUGUACAAGCAAUAAGCACUCGAGAUGGCCGACUUGCCUGGCAACUCUGUCAUGGCUGCUCCACUUCUUUCACUGCCUCUCUGCAACUACCGCUGCCAUGGCUGCCGCUCUCGGAAAUGCUCGCUGUCGUCUGGACUGCCGCGCGCAGUGGGCCAGGUGGAAGGUGGAAGAUGGAAGAGCAGAGAACUUGAUCCCAGCAUGGCCUGGGCUGUGUAGAGCAGACUUCUGUCCCCAAGACCAGACCUCUCCCAUCCAAAGGGGGGUGCGCAUGAAUUGGGGGUGCGCAGAGGACGCAUGGCUCCCAAAACGGGUAGUCCUGCAGGCGCCGGUGGAGCUGAGAAAGACCUGCAGCCCGCGCCACACACCGUCUUCCAGCAAGUACCGGGACUUUCGACUGCUACUUGUCGUACCGUGGGCUGAGGUGCCACCAAGAGAAAAACAAGGUCCGGUCCUUGGGCUGCC